AUUUUUUAGCAAAAUAUUAAAUUAUGAAGUAAAAGAUAGUGUCGCGGCGCCGAUUUUUAUCUGGGACUGAAGAAAGAUUUUUAAAAGUUACAAACGAAGCUCUGGGAGCUCCACGGAGAAGCGAUUAAGAUCGAACAAUGGAUCAAAAAAGGAAUUUGUCAAAGAAAUUUUGAACCAGAUUCUUUUUUCGGUUAAAUUGGAUUUUUUUUCAUUUUUGUCAAUUAAAAUUCAUUUAUUCAUCAUCAGGUCCCAAUACGGUUCCAGAGCUUAAAAUUUAUAAUACGUUCAAAAAUUCGAUUUGAAAUGGGAAACGGAUGUACUUUGGCGCACAAUCGUUUUUCAAAAAACAUCCAAUGCUCAGCUGUAAAAGAGCUUAUUCCUGUUUUAGUUAACUCGGAAAUAAAAUUUAUAAAAAUGCCACUUUCUGGUAAGGAGAUUGAAACUCUUAAAAAAUCAUGGACAACAGCUAAACAAUUUUGGAAUGAAAUAUGUACCUGCGCGUUUAGCAGGUGGUUCUCAACAUACCCAGAAAUUCAAAGCAAAUUCGGAGUUUAUGGGGAUAAUUUAACAAUGAAUGAAGUUUUGGCUUCCGAAUCGUUAUGCAUUCAUAUUCGAAAAUCGGUGGAGUUGAUUGAAAUUAUUAUUAAAAAAGUUGAUGAACGUCAUGAGUUAUCUGAGUAUCUCAUAGAGCUUGGUAAAUUACAUCAUAAAUUUGGAGCGGAGCAAAAGUAUGCUACGGCACUCGGUUCGAGUUUCGUGUUUGCUAUAAGCCAGAUAUGCCCAAACAUAGAUAUGAUAACAGAAGGGGCUUGGGAUUCAUUGUUCAAGUACAUAGUAACCCAUAUAAAACUUGGAAUUCGAUUAGAAUCAGGAACGUUUAAAAAAGAAAGUGCAAAAAUAAUAGACUCGUUGUUACAAAGUCAUACAACUUGAUUUAAUUAGAAAGUAUUUCCUUUUUUAAAAACAUUUUAUUUAUUUCUAUUUAUUUAUUUUGAUAUUUUGAAA